AUGGAGGACAUCAUACAGCUCAAUCAGGACUAUCAGAUACUGAUCUGCCGGCUAUGUCAAGCAGCCGUUCGACCCGGCAGCAGCAUUGAGACCCAUUUUCGACAGAAGCAUCUGCUGAAGGGCCAAGUGCUCAAGGACAUUAAAGACUACUACGGCACACUUGAACUAGCUGACCCGAAGCUUGCUGCAACCCCCGAAGAUAACAGUGAGGCAAUUGAACAGCUUGUUAUUUCACACGGAUACAGCUGCAACGCAUGCCGAUAUCUCACUAUUGCACGAGAUAAUAUUGUCCGCCACUGGAGAGAGGCAGGGCAUGGAGCAGCAGAGGAGCGAUGGACCGAGGUGCGGCUGCAGACGUGGAUGGGAGGACACUAUGCGCGCUACUGGAUCGUUCGAGACGAUAGCGAUAGCAAUGGCCCGUCCGAUACGGCUGACGAAGCUAAUGCUAGAAGUCAGAGCGCUAUGGAUGAGGUUAUCGCCGCAAGUGAGGCUCGAUUGAAAGAGAAAGAUGCCGCACGACUGCGAAAAGGUGACUUAAAGGAAGAUAUCGACCGUGACUCGUCGUGGGUUAAACGGGUAGGCUGGGUACGACACUUUGGCUCCCGGGACUUGACCAGUAUUCACGACGCAGCCGAGUGGCUACGGGCGAGGGCAGCAACGGGCAGGCGGACUGUGGCACAAGACGAUGAAGAAGCAGUCCGCGAACAACUAUUGCUUGGCCGGCUUGGACAGAGCUUUAAUCGUGAGGUGGAACGUUGCUGCUGGCGACUUGACAGCGUGCCGACUGAGACGCUGCAGUGGCUCGCUAGCAUUUCAUCGACAACCCCGUCCGGUCAACCGUUCGGCCGCAAAGGCAAGGAGGCAUCGAUGAUCAAAUACAAGUCUGUCGGUCACCGUUACUUGGGUUUCUUCUGGAAGGCAUAUCGUAUCGGUCGUAAGGAAGCGCUUGAACGCUGGGCCGUUCGCUUUACGGAUGAGCAGUGGAGUUUGCUACAGGAUAUUGCAGACGAGCUUGAAAGAGACCGGGUUCCAAGCAGUCACGACAGCGGAUUAUUCAGCGGCAGAGAGAGACAAGCUACUGAUAAAGACGAAGACGAAUAUCAAGAUGAUGAUAAUAGUGAUGAAGACGAGCGAGGAAAUGAAGGUAUGACUAGCUCACUAGAUGGUGCACUAGAUCGAGCCGUAUUCAACUUCAUCGUGGCUUCGAUCAAAACUCACGUCGGCGGAAAUGUAUAUACGAAUUCGCUACUAUGCUUCUGUGCGGCACUAGGUAUUAACCGACACCCACUAGGCUAUUUGGAGCCGCAUUUGUACACUGGUAUGCUAGCUGGUAUACUAUGGUGGGCCCGGCUGUUCUUUUUAGAAGCUGUAUUUGAGAAUCAGCCGGUAGAUCAAGAUGAGGUUGGGAUAGAGGCCGUACUUACAUUUCGAGAGGAGCAUACAUCAUGGAUGUGUAUAGGCACUCACAGCGUCAUAAGUACGAUUAUCGGAUGGAUGGCAUACGGAAAAGGGUACCGGCAGAAGAACAGGGGGCAGCCGUCGAUACGAUGGUCUGACGACGAAGAGGGAUUAUUUCACAUGGGCGAACACAUCAGCGUCGAGGAUUUUACCCGCACACUGCGCGAUGAGGUUACUGAGGCAGAGAAGCUGCUAAAUGGGCUGUUUGGUGGGGUGUGGCAGACAGUCAGUAAGAAGAUCGAUAUGGGUCGGAUCGUCGAUAAUAUGAUACGGCUCGGGGCAGGUCAGUCAUUUGCAAGCAACCCGAAGAACAAGUGGCUGGAGGCCGGGCCGGCAAAGGUGAUGCGGCUGAUGGAAGCAUCGAUAUGGGAUGCUGCGAGGGUCCGAUGGAAGCGGCAGCGUGUUAAGAGGUGGCUUCGAGACUUGCGGCUGCUACGAGAGACGCUGCUCGUGCUUGUGCAUACAUGGGGUGGGCUUCCGGGAAGGGGACCAGAAAUUACAACAUUACGGCACUGCGAUUCGUGGCAGCUGAUCCGGAACGUGUUCAUACUAGACGGGCAAGUCAUGAUCGUGACUGAUCGUGACAAGAUGAAGGCAAUCCGUGAUAAUGGCCGCAAGGUAGCACGGUUUAUCCCCGACCGGAUCGGGCGAAUGGUAGUGGCAUAUAUUGCAUGGCUACUUCCGACCGAGAGGGUACUACGGCAGGAAUGUCAGCUUAACGAGCCGCAUGGAGAGCAGCUUGAGUAUAUGUGGAGGGAUGGCAGCUCGUCGGUGUGGGAAACCGACCGGCUCAGUAAGAAGCUUGCUCGUGUUAUGCAGGCCGGGACAGGGGUCAGACUAGGGGUAGGACGAUAUCGGGCGAUUGCAAUCGAGAUGGGACGGAGGAUUCGAGGACUCGUGAUAAGGCAGCUAGAAGGUAAGAUGGAUGAUGAGGAUGAGGAUGAAAACGUCGAGAUCGACCCGAUCACAGGUGAGCCGGUUGACUGUGGAGGAAGCUGGAAUAUCGUGUGGGAUCUACAGUCGACACACGGAACACGCAUUGCAAGGCAGCACUACGCCGUACAUAUCGGCUUCCCGGGCAAGCUGCAGCCGGAGAUGAUUGCGACGUUCAAGGAGAUCAGCAAGCUGUGGCAUCAGUUUUUAGAGAGUGCAGAAGAAGGAAAGGAGAAGAAGGUACCGAAACGCAAGCAGGGUAGUCAGAAGACCGACAAGCAGCAGCAACAACAAGAGCAGCAGCAAUCAACUAAUAGUCCGGCCCAGAUGACUACAAGCAGCAAGCGAAGAAAGACUACUCAAGAGGAGGAACUGGCUCAGAAGAAGAAGGAGAUGAGUGAGAAGAAAAAGAAGAAGCUAGAGGACGAGAUGGCGGAUGGGCUGCGAAAGCUGCUUGGACCGAAGGCGACUUGGCGAUCCGACAAGCAAGCUGAGAGCAUGCGAUCGAUCAUGGCGCUCAAAGCAGAUCAGACGGCAAUUAACGUACUGCCGACCGGUGCCGGCAAGAGCAUACUGUUCAUGCUGCCGGCCGUGAUGGAGGAUACAGGCACAAGCAUCGUGGUCGUGCCGUUUGUUGCACUGAUGGACGACUUGGUCACGAGAGCAACAGACAUGGGGGUCGACUGCAUCCGAUACAGGUCAUCGAUGAAUUCGGGACGAGAGGGCAUGCCGAGGGCAGCACGGUUAAUCGUCGUCAGUGCCGAUAUCGUGUCAAGCGCCGAGUUUUCCGGGUACGUUGACGGGCUGUCAUGUACAGGGCUGCUGCAGCGGAUAUUCGUAGACGAAUGUCACACUGUUAUUAUGGAUAUCGGCUACCGGGCUAAGCUUGGCGAGCUAGUAGGGUUACGUCGGUUCGGCUGCCCGUUGGUACUGCUCACAGCAACGCUGCCCGUUGUGCUAGAGGAUUGGUUCCGCGGCGAGAUGCUGGCAAAGUCGGCAAUCAUGGUGCGGGAUCGGACGGUCAAGCUGAACUGCCGCUACGAGGUUCAGCAGGUCAAGCCCGGGCGCGAUGCUGUCGAGGAUCGUACGGUUGAGGUAAUCAAGCAGCUAGAUCAAGACAUGACGGGUCGUCAGAAGGGGGUCAUAUACUGCCGGUCCAAGAGUCAAUGCGAGGCGAUUGCUGACGAGAUCGGCUGUGGGUUUCAUCACAGCGGCAUGGGCGAACAGGACCGUUACGAGGUGCGGACGGCAUGGAUAGAGGGCCGUAAGACAAGCCGAUGGAUCGCAGCAACAACCGGGUUAGGGACAGGCAUCGACAUCGAGGGGAUCGUGGCCGUGGUUCACAUGGAGAAGCCGUACGGGCUCGUUGAUUUUGUGCAGCAGAUUGGCCGAGGAGGGCGCCGGGCAGGCGAGGUAGUCCGGUCCGUCAUCAUACACAAUGGACAGCGGCAACGAGAGGAUCAACAUCGAAGCUUCGUGGAUGAUAUCAAUCAGGCACAGAUGGAGGCAUUCGUAUCGACGCCGGGAUGUAUGUCGAAGGGCCGUGAUAUCGGCGUUUAUGGACGGAGCAGCCGGCGAAACGUGUGA